UUUAUCGCGGACCAGUGUUCACGCAAACUAGUUCCGGGUAACAUCCUGGUAGCUAACGUUAGCUAGCUGAAACCGAGAAGCAGUCACUCUACAUUCUACAACGGAGUGGGAUAACAGAAAUUAAGAAACAGUAUGGACGGUGAAGAGAGAACCUACGGUGGCUGUGAAGGGCCAGAUGCCAUGUAUGUGAAGCUGAUCUCUUCAGAUGGCCAUGAAUUUAUUGUGAAAAGAGAACAUGCUUUGACAUCUGGGACUAUCAAAGCCAUGUUGAGCGGACCAGGUCAGUUUGCGGAAAAUGAAACCAACGAAGUGAACUUCAGGGAGAUUCCCUCUCAUGUCCUGUCCAAGGUCUGCAUGUACUUCACCUACAAGGUCCGUUACACCAACAGCUCCACAGAAAUACCUGAAUUCCCCAUUGCUCCGGAGAUCGCACUGGAACUGCUCAUGGCUGCAAACUUUUUGGAUUGCUAAAGUUACAGAAACAAUGUUGCAGCUAAAAACAGUUUUAGAUUUUUUUUGAAUAUUUAAAAUGUUUUGCCAUUUACUUAUAUGAAACAUGAAUAUAAGUAUGUUUGUCACCAUGUUAUUUUUUUUUGCACCAGGCUCUGUCAUUAUUUUAUUAGUAUUAAAGGAUUCAUUUUAAUGUAAUACAUAGAUAUGGAAGGCUGCAUCACUUGCCCCAGAAUGUGAUACAAUGUGCCCCCAUAAAUGUUUCCUCACCUCUCCAGAUUAAUAAAACCUGUUUGGUGAGCACA